UGUACAGCGAUGGGAUCGUUCCCCACCUAUUCCUGGGCACUGGGUGGACACCCGUUACCUGUAACCCCACGUUACACACUGUCUGCAGAUAAUAGCACUCUGACAAUCAGCCCCGUACACAGGAGCGACAGUGGAGGGUUUAUCUGCACGGCCAGUAACCUGGUGAGCAGUGACAGCAGCAAACCAGUGAAGCUGGUGAUAACUUAUGGCCCUGAUCCACCCACAGUUGAAGUGAUCGGGCUGGAGCUAUGUGGCAGCUUCUUCCCAGGACAGUACUGUGGGAAGGAGGGAGAUUUGAUGACCCUCAACUGUCAGACGAAAUGUUUCCCAGAGUGUAACUACAGGUGGACACAUAACACCGCGGUCAUUGCCGGCAACACCUCACAGCUGCCUAUAGAGAGCCUCACGUUCAACAACAGCGGGGAUUACACUUGCAAUGUGAAGAAUGAUUACACCACGAUUAGCCGCACGGAGAAGGUUUCAAUCCUCGUGUACAGGACUCCCACACAGCAGAUCACAUGCGGAGCAGCAGAUAAAGGAACAGCAUUGGUGUUGAUGUGCUCCUGGGCUGGUGGGGUGCCAGACUCUGUCCUUCAGCUGAAGGUCGGACAGAUGAUUGUCAAUGGGACAAACGAGGGGAAUGUCACCAUCACAAAGGAUCAGCUCAGCUCCCGAGAGAUCUUCACAUGUGUUGGACGCCAUGUUGUCUCUGACAGUCAAUGCUCUAUAGUCAUUGAUAAACCCCAGAGAGCGUCAGGGUCUGAGCCUCAGGUGGAAGUGGGGAAGGAAGCAGAUGUGACCUUAGACGUGUCACUGACAGACACAGUGCGGGUGUCAGACCCUGGCCUGCUGCCCGCACACUUUACAUGGUCGAAGGAAGGCAACUCCAUCACUGGCUCUGACGACAAGUUCAUCAUCACCUCAGGACCGACCUUCUCUAAACUGCUCAUCAGUAAAUUCCAGGCAACCGAUCAGGGCACAUAUCAAUGCCGUGUCACUAACGCAGUGGGAGAGAACUUAUUCCAAUUUGACGUGACUUUGAAAGACGAAGUCAAUGUUGGACUGAUAGUUGGAGUGACAAUCGGAGUAUGUGCACUCGUGAUCAUCGUAUCAGUGCUUCUGGUUUUCCUCUAUAGGAAAAGGAAGCGAGAUGUUUCGGACCUUCACAGCACUGAAACCAAUGCAGCCUUCGACAUACACAGCACAGAGGCCAUUGAAAACAAAACCUAUGAUCCUCAGGAUUUUUAUGCACAAGUCGACAAAUCAAAUCCACUUAAAACAACAGAUUCUCAGGAUUUAUAUGCUAAAGUGGACAAUCUAAGCCGACAACUGCAGAUCCUCAGGAUUUAUACGCUAAAGUCAACAAAUCCAAGCCCACACCUGCAGAUCCUCAGGAUUUAUACGCUAAAGUGGACAAAUCUAAGCCCAAAACUGCAGAUGCAGAAAUAUAAUACAGUUCCUCCUCAAACAAAAACAGGAACUCAAGCGAGCGAGAAAGCUUCCAGCUUUUGCAAUUUACCGGCAAAUUGAAUAUAACUUGUGUAAUUCGGUCCCUGCGUCACCACCGAUGAUGUAAGAGGAGACGGCGGAGAUUAUCAGCCAUUUUGGACUUCUCUUUCCUCAAUAGGAAGUGAGAUGUGAUUCCUAAUAUUGUCCUCAACUUCAUCUCUGACUCGUUCCGUUGGUAUCGAGUAAAACGUACGUCACUUUAGAGAGUUUACAGUAGAAAGAAGCCUUUAGGCCAUUUAUGCUUAUGUUGGUGCUCACUCCACCCCCCCACAAACUAACGCCCUCUCUCUCU